AUGAAUUUAACUGUUCACUGCAUUUUGGACAGGAAAAUGAUCAUCUAUCCUGAUGGAGAUGGAAGUGAAGAUGGAUGUGAUCAUAUUUUUGUAUAUUUGGCCAUUGCCGAGACAAGCUCUUUACAGGCUGGUUGGGAGGUGAAUGCCACAUUUAGCUUCUUGAUAUUUGAUCAAAUUCAUGAUAAGUAUCUUGUAAUGAGAGGUAUGGAGCAGCGAUUUCACAAUAUCAAGAGUGAAUGGGGUUUCCCGAACUAUAUAUCUCAUGAAACAUUCAGAAAGCCCUCUAAGGGUUACCUUGUUAAUGAUAAAUGCGUCUUUGGAGUGGAUAUAUAUGUCAUCAAGAACCGCGGAGUAGGUGAGUGUGUAUCCUUGUUGGAUGAGAGCGAAUCUUAUAAGCAUGAAUGGAAGAUUUCAGAAUUCACAAAAUUGAAGAGUGUGUUGUGUUCUGAAGAGUUUACAGUUGGGGCUUACAAAUGGAAACUUAAGCUAUAUCCUACAGGUGAUAGUAGUCAAAAUGGCCGGAGCAUCUCCAUCUUUCUUGAAUCAGUUGAUGCUAAAGGAUUUGAUUUCCGCAAAAGAGUCCAGGCAAAAUAUAGUAUUUCUGUCAACAAUCAGAUUACUGGUGCACAUCACAAGAUAACUUUUUUUCCUCGUGCAGCUACUUCAAGUUGGUUUGCAGCUGCUAGUUGCACUUGGGGAUGGAGGCGAUUUAUGCGGCUAAGUGAAUUGAAGGAUCCAAAUAAAGGCUUCCUUGUUGGAGACUGCUGCAUUAUGGAAGCAGAUGUUUCUGUACUUGGUGUUGUCAAUGAUUUGACCUAA